GACUUUUAGAAAGUCUACCCUGAUCGACAAUGAACUCGUAUAUAUCAAGUCUGCUACAGUGGGUUUACUGUCUGUUAGAUACAAGCACUCUCAAGUCUGGUUGCUAGGCCAGGCCCCAUCCCUAAAUUACCUGUUCAGACAGUCAAACAGCACAUUCACACUAUAAUGAAAUCGUAUAGCAGACAUGGUCACAGCCAAUAUUCUAUUAUUGCACAAGCAGACAUGAGGCCCUGCCCUCAGCAGACCCUUCAGAAGCAAACGUUUCCUGGUUCUAAGGCCCCGUACGAGGGACAGGCGGGUCUGGCCACGAGACCCCCAUCAGACAUUGCGCUCUCCCAAUGCAUGGUCAAGAUGGCGCACGAAAUGAUAUGCAAAAUCAUUCAGAAAAGAGGCCAUGGGAACCUGCUAAAAUCAAUUACAUAUGACAGAUCCACAGUGGGAAAGAAAAGUCUAUAGAACUAACGCUAUAGUAAUUAUUUUUCAUCGCAAGAAACCAUGUGACGGAACGAAUUUUGACUGCGCUGGCUUGUUGGCGUGGGACAUCACUGGUAAAAGCCGUCACAAAAUUCGCCAAGGUUUCGCGUCUGGCUUGAACUGAUACCUUUAAUAAUUUACUGACGCAAAGGAAUAUCUCUUUUCGAACAAAAUCAGUGGCAAUGGAUCGCCGACUUCUACGUGCAUUGGUGAGGCGUUGGAUUUUGACAGUCGUUUUUCACUCUUGGUGCGCUGCAAACCCGCCGGAGUUCUUUGGAAUAGGAGCAAUGCUUUCCUCCUCAAAGUACGAGAAAAUCUUCGAAGACGCCGUGGGAAAAAUAAACGAAAAUUCAAGUGGUCUUCUCAGGGCAACAAAGUUGAAUGCGAUCUUUUAUGUAUUAAGCCCAAAUCCUAUUCGUUCGGCUCGAGAUGUUUGCGAAAAUUUGGUUGCUAAAGGAGUAGUUACGGUUAUAGUCAGUCAUCCGAAAGGUGAAUUGUCUCCACCGAUCUCGGUAUCGUAUGCCUGCAGCUUCUAUCAUAUUCCUGUCAUUGGAAUUUCAGCAAGAGAGACAAUCUUUUCAGACAAGUCCAUCCAUGAGUCCUUUCUGCGUACUGUCCCAUCAUACUCAGAUCAAGCUAACGUUUGGCUAGGGUUGUUAAAGUACUUUGGAUGGUCCAAGGUCAUUCUGUUAACCAGCAAUGACCAGGACAGUCGUAUGAUUGCCACAAGGUUCACUGCUCUGGCUGAUAGACAUGACAUCAAGAUUGAGAAAACCAUCAUGUUUCCCACUGGAUGUACAAAUGUCACAUCCCAUUUGGUGAAGAUGAAGAAAUUACAAUCAAGGGUCAUUCUCUUCAGUGCCAGUGAGGAAGAUGCAGCCAUUGUGUAUCAGAAUGCUUCAAAUAUGAAGAUGACUGGAGAGGGUUUUGUUUGGCUUGUAACACAACAAAGCUUUUCAGGAAAUGCUCAAAGUGUUUUGCCACAAGGUGCCAUUGGAAUGCGAUUACUUCAUGAUAAUGAAUCAUCUCAGGUCCAGGAUGCUGUGAAGCUGGUUGCAACAGCCCUUGACAGGCUGGUGGCUGCAGGGGAGUCCUUGUCUCCACCCACUGCCAGCUGCCGAGAAACCACACAGUGGGACAGUGGUCCAAUUUUGUUCAAGGAACUUGUGAAUACCACCCUUGUUGAUGGCAAGACUGGUAACAUCAUGCUGAACAGAAAAGGUGAUCGUAUCAAUGCUGUUUAUCAGAUCGUCAACCUGAGGAAGAAGGCUGAUACACAGCUUACAGUUGUUGGAGAGUAUCGUGAUGGGAAUGUGGCAAUUUCCAAAACAGUUUUUUGGCCAGGGGGUCAAGAUGAAAAGCCAAAAGGAAUCUUUGUUUCUACUAAUUUGAGGGUGGUGACCUUGGUGGGUGAGCCGUUUGUUUUCAUCGAGUCUUUACCUGCCAGUGGCAAUUGUGAAGAUCUUGAUGAUCCUGAGAAGAAACAGAAGCACAUCAAAUGCUCUGGAAAAGUGUAUGGUGAACAUGCCAAGAUGGUGGAUUCAAGCCAGAAUGAUCACUGCUGUUAUGGUUUUUGUAUGGAUCUGUUAAAUCGAUUGGCAGACAAAGUAAAUUUCACUUUUGAAGUUCAUUUGUCUGAGGAUGGAAGCUAUGGCUCUCUUAGAAGGGUAAAUGGCUCAGAUAUGAAGCGCUGGAAUGGUAUGGUAGGAGAAGUUAUUGAUGGUAAAUCAGAUCUUAUCGUCGCGGCUCUGACAAUUAAUAAUGAAAGAGCUGAGUGGAUCGAGUUUUCCAAACCAUUUAAGUACCAAGGACUUACAAUACUUGUCAAGAAGGAAUCAAGUAGAAACAGCCUGGACUCGUUUCUCCGACCCUUCCAAAUCAAUUUGUGGCUGCUAGUUUUGCUCUCAGUUCACAUAGUGGCAGUGAUACUGUACCUGUUAGACCGGUUUAGCCCGUUUGGCCGGUUUAAACUGGCUCGGAAAGAGAAGGAAGAGACGGCUCUGAAUCUGUCCAGUGCCAUGUGGUUUUCAUGGGGAGUGCUGCUGAACAGUGGCAUUGGAGAAGGUACUCCUCGCAGUUUUAGUGCUCGGGUUCUCGGCAUGGUCUGGGCCGGGUUUGCCAUGAUCAUCGUCGCCAGCUAUACUGCUAACCUGGCUGCCUUUCUUGUUCUUGAUCGGCCAAAAGCUGUGGUCAGCGGUAUCGACGAUCCAAACCUUCGUAACCCGUCGGAGAACUUUCCAUACGCUACUGUGGCCAACAGCAGUGUUGACGCGUAUUUCAGAAGGCAAGUUGAGCUGUCGUCCAUGUAUACCUUCAUGGAGAAGUACAAUGUCAAGACUGCUAAAGAGGCCAUACAGAAAGUGAACAAUGGAGAAUUAAAGGCGUUCAUUUGGGAUUCUCCUGUCCUGUAUUAUGAGUCCUCUGAAAACUGUGACCUCACCACUGCUGGUGAACUGUUUGGUCGGUCAGGUUACGGCAUUGGGAUGCCUAAAGGCUCUCCGUGGAGCAGUGAAAUAUCUCUUGCUAUUCUAAAUUUCCACGAGAGCGGCGUAAUGGAAGAAUUGGAGACCACAUGGAUCGACACCAAGAAAUGCGAUGAACAGAGUAAUUCACCCGCCACACUAGGGCUUAAUCACAUGCUGGGAGUGUUCAUCAUGGUCGCCGCUGGAAUUGGAGCUGGGAUUGUGAUCAUUAUCCUUGAAAUCUUGUACCACAAGCACCGCGGCUGGAAAGAAGAACAAAAAGAGCUGGCUAAAAAGACCACAGAUAAGUGGCGCGCUAAUAUCAUGAUGAUGAAGAAGGAACGAACCACAAAUGGCCAACAACCCAAUGGCGUUCUGGAUUCCCAUUCCCCACAGGCUGACGGGGUAGUUCGCAGGAACCCAAUCUACAACCCUGAAAAUCACGUGGACAGCAUUAAUAAGUUCACGUAUAACUAAACACACGCGCGCUCUCCACGCGUGUUUUGUAAAUAGUACAAAUGUUCACGUGCGGUAACCUAGGUUUGCAAACUUGAAAACAGGGAUGCCUUACUCCUUCGGUCUCACUGAAACAUUUAUCAACCUCUUAAUUUAUUGCUUCGUUUAUAACUAAUGAAAAAGGAGAAUGCACGGUUCUAAACUUCAUACGCAUGAAAUCGUGUAAAAUGGUUUAUUUCAUCAUUUUACACUGUCCUAGUACAAUUCACCCAAAAGGGUGAAAGUCACCCAAAGGGGGUCAAUGACUCCAAUCAUGUUGGUUUAUGUGUUAUGUGGUUAAAUACGCAGUAAUUCAGAUCCGUCAAAACUACUGUACUCUAUGUUGAAUUGAAUGGUCUGUUGCUGUUGGGUUGUAGGGGCUUUCAAUCAGAUCCAUCGCUGGUGCAGUCUGCGCUUACUGACAACUACAGCCGGUUUUUUACCGUGUGUUUAUUCCUUGUCCGAGUGUCCAGUGCCAAUCAAAUUUCCACGCUCGAUUGAACUGGAACACUGAAUGCGGUACAAUGGUACUUGAGACUGCUUCUGAUUGGGUAAUGGUAUGUCACGAUGAUAUUGACCAGUCAGAAAGCAGAAUGAUAAUAACGUCACAGGGUGAUGUUACGGGUAGGGUUAGGUGUAGAAGAAAAAAAUUGUUUUCUUGUAACGACUGGGUGUAAAACGUCACAAGAAUUUGAACGUUUCUGCUACUAUUGCAGUGGUGGUUUUAUUUUCCCUGUUUUCUCGCCAGCACAUUUGCACAAGAAAACGACUUUGAAACGGACUGAAUACUAAGGUAUAUUUAAAAACAAACCCCAUCCGGUAGUUAUUUAUGAAUAUUACUAAUUAAUAUAUUACUUAAUUCUUGAGAUUGCAAAUUGACUUCGAUGCUAUGUUUAUGUUUAUGUUAUGAUAUGCAGGACUGCGUGUAACAAAUUUGUUAUACAUGCACAGCGAAAUAUCUAUAUAUCCUAUUUAUGGAAUACGACCGCGAUAAAGUCAAAUGCCGGGACUGAUUUAUCUUGACCGUUAUGAAACAACUGUACAAGGUAGUAAUACUUACCUAUUGGUUGUAAUUUAUAAAAACAAAACCAGGAAAUCAGUAAACUUAAAUAACGUCAAUUAUUAUUCGGAAUUAAAGCAAAACAUGCAACAGACGUCAAGGGCGAGAAAAUGCGCCUAAGCCAGAAUGUGACUGUUGUUUCACUUUUGGCUGGUCGAUAAAAAGCUGGAAACAAACAAACGUUGCUUGAACUUUGAGAACCAAACCAGGGUUACCACAGGUCAGGAAAAGGUCAGGGAAAGAAAGUUUCCACCAACUGAAGUCAGGGAAAGGGUGCUGUAGUUUUUGACAAUGUAAAUGGAACUGAAAGCGUUAAUUGGGUAAUUUUCUUUCGAUCAAUCUGAUUAUGAUCAAAAUAUGUUAACUGUCUUCAGGCCAGGGACUGAAAUGUCCAGUGAUUCUUUUUUGUUUUCUCUUAGCGAAAACAAAGAUCGCACAAUAGGCGUUAACUGUUCCAUUACCACAAUGUGAACACGGUAUGAAAAUUGAAACCGAAAAGGGCCUUUAUAUCUAUGAUAUUCAGUUGCACGUCGCUUGCUGUGCUGUGCUGUGCUGUGAAGUAUUUAUUUAUUUAUACACCAAUACCCACUAUCUCCUCAGCUUUAUGUAAAAUACUUAAUAUUAAAUCACGAUAUUGUAUUUAUUAGAUAUGCUUAUGUAUACGAACCCUCGCGGAAUAUAUUAUUUGCAGUAUCUUUAGAUUAAUGGAUAUAAUAUAUACUGUUUUUAACGAAUUUAUAUGGUACACUUCUGAUAAACUCAAAUAAUCAAACUUAGAUUAAAUAAAAUGCGUUGUAAUAAAUACGUAUGUAUGUGGA